AUGACUGAAGAGCCUAGCACUGCUGCUGCGGCUGCCGAGUCCCUGUCACUACCAGGCCGAGGGCACAGGGAAUGUGGAGAGCACCUCGCCCAAGUGCCCCCUAACCUGAUGCACACACAGAAGACACAUUUGCAGACAACUCCAUCAGCAGCGCCAUUUAUAACAGCAGAGGAGGAAGCUGUGAGCAACAGAGCUCCGACACCGAAAGUGUUGUCAUUUCAUAUUCUUUUUCUUGCAGCACCUGCCAGCGUUCGUUGCAUCCAUAAUGACGUCGCAGUACCUGACUUCUCUGCCUAUCGUCGUCAAGAUGUGCUAGAUGCCACCACGUCUUCUCAAAGCAGCAGCGAAGCUAGAAAAGGGUUUUCCUACCUGGUGACUGCAACGACAUGCGUAGCAACUGCAUAUGCUGCUAAGAAUGUUGUCACCCAGUUUAUUUCCAGCCUGAGUGCCUCUGCUGAUGUGCUAGCGCUGUCAAAGAUUGAGAUCAAGUUAUCUGACAUUCCAGAAGGCAAGAACAUGGCUUUCAAGUGGCGAGGGAAGCCCCUUUUUGUGCGUCACAGAACCCAGGCAGAGAUUAAUCAGGAAGCUGCAGUUGAUUUGUCUAAACUGAGGGAUCCGCAGCAUGACUUAGACAGAGUAAAGAAACCAGAAUGGGUCAUAUUAGUAGGUGUCUGCACUCACCUUGGUUGUGUACCCAUUGCCAACUCCGGAGAUUUUGGCGGUUAUUACUGCCCUUGCCAUGGGUCCCAUUACGAUGCCUCUGGCAGAAUCAGGAAAGGUCCCGCUCCCUAUAACCUUGAGGUUCCGACUUACCAGUUCCUUGGUGACGAUGUAGUGGUUGUUGGCUGAGUAAUGAGGUGCUUGCUCACUGUCAUGUUCCUGUGAAUGUACACGCAAAAGGGUUAACUGAGAUUCUGGAAUACUGUCAAACCAGAUGAUCCUGAAAACAUAUUAGCUGUCUAGAUUCUCAACCAGAAGUAUGUUUGAAUACUUCUCUGUGUUCAAUUUUAAUAAAAACUUGGAGUGAGCACUUGU